AUGUCUUCUUCCUCCUCCUCCUCCAAAUUGCUCCCAGAGAUACCACGCUCUUCGUCACCUCCAUCCGACCUCAACGGCAACGCGACGACACCUUCCCCGACUGCAAACAAGACGGUGACCCGCCGGCGCUCUUCUUCGCUCCAAAAGGGCGCUGCUGUGCUUCGUGCGCUAUCUAGGGCUGAGUCCGACUUUGACCGCGAGAUGCUCGAGAGGAGCUCCGUGUUGCAGUCUCAGUCCCAACUCGAUCUAGACAGCAUCACUGCGCCUGUACAGAACGCCACAACAGCAUCAGACGUUGCUUCCACCGCUGCAAGUGCGACAGACAUGGCGUCCAACGGUUCUGCCAAGUCCCGCGAUGCGGCCCAAGUGCGUCGUCGCCGUCCUCAAGCCGUCAAACGCGUUCCGAGCGGCUCACUUUCAAAAUCAUCUCGCUCCAAUGGGCACGUUGUCCCGGCCAGCAGCAAGAGCUGGGAGAUUCCACGCAAGAUCUUCCACAGCUCUAUUGGCUUCAUGGUCCUCCAUUGCUACCUCUCUCACAUCGACCUCCACGUGAUCGUCCGUAAUCUCUCCUACUUUCUCGGCGUCGUCGUCACCGCCGAUGUCAUUCGCCUCAACAACGACGAUUUCGAAAGGAUCUAUGAACGCGUGCUUGGCUUCCUCAUGCGCGAGUCGGAAAAAGACAAGGUCAACGGCGUCGUGUGGUACCUCGUUGGCGUCAUCACUUCGCUCCACUUCUUCCCAGAGGACAUUGCGUGCGUGUCGGUCAUGUUGCUCUCAUGGAGCGACACGUGCGCCUCCACGUUCGGUAGGGCGUUUGGGCGAUACACACCUCCCCUGCCUUCGCCACCGUUCGCGCGCCGCAAGUCGGCCGCUGGCUUCGUGGCUGCCAUUGUCAGCGGCGCACUGACGUCGUACGUAUUCUGGUGCACCUCGAUUGCAUCUCGCGGUAUGCGUACCAACGGCAUCUCGUGGUCCGGAUCGGGCUAUGCGCAUCCGGCCAUCUUUGGCACCGACCGCGUGGCCGGUGCGACGGGUACCGGAUGGCAGGGCCUGUCGCGCGGGUUCGUGGGCCAGAGCGGCGCAGGACUGCUGCCCGGAGCAUCAGGUCUGUCGGCGCAGUACCUCGGCGUGGACAGCGUUGCCAAGGGCAAGCUGGGAACAGAUGCGCUUCCGAUCCACAACGACGUGCCAGGCAUGCCCUGGUGGCUGCUUACGCUGGGCUCGGGUGUUGUAGCCGCUGUGGCAGAGGGACUGGAGCUUGGCGGUGUGGAUGACAAUCUCUCGCUGCCGAUUUUGUCUGCUACGGGGAUUUGGACGUUCCUUUACUCGUGGGGGCGUCUGGCUGGUGCUUGGCAGAAGUGGGUCUCGUGA